GUAAAUAUUUCUUAAAUUCAAGAUGGCGGCUGGAUCGAUAAGAAAUUGUUUUAGUGUUGUUCGGUCUGUUUUACCAGGUUCUGCUGUUAUUUUAGAUAAUUUUCUUACACAGAGGAUCAGUUUGUCACAUAUCGUUUUACGUAAUUAUUCGCGAUUUUCCGAAUUUCAAGGAAUCAAACCAUCUGCUGACAGAGGAAAGUUUCUCACGUUGACGUAUCCUUACUCCUUGUCCAACGUUAGAUUUGUUCAUAACUCAGGUUCUCAACACGAAUUUAAUGAAGCUGAUACAUAUAUACCUGAACAUACAAGUGAUUUGAAAAAAUUGACAAUAGAUGAUAUCAUGAAAGAGUGGCAAGAUAGCAAGCCAAUAUGGUCAGGGUAUAGGCGAAAUCAUAAGGGACAAAUUCCACAAAAGAGAACAAGACUUAGAUGCACAACAGUAUCUAAGAAGCUUCUCACUCAAAACCCUUGUCCAAUAUGUAGAGUAAGAGUCAAUAAGAACUAUGAAAUGGACAGCAAGGACGUGGUGUUUUUAACCCAGUUUAUCAGUCCACACAGUGGUGAAGUACUUGAUAACAAUAAAACUGGUGUUUGUAGACAACAACAAAAGAAGCUAAUUAAGUCAAUAGAAGAGGCUAAAAAUCAAGGUAACUUACCUUUUACCAUUCCUGGACCACGGGACCCACAAAGACAGUUUAAAGCAGCAGGAAUACCAGCACCAAACAUAAGAAACAAAACAGGAUGACUACAAAGUAUUGAAAUUUGUGGCAACAUCCAAUAAUUGGAUUAUAAUUAUUAUAUACAAACUUGUAAUAAGCCAUAAUGGAAAUAAAGUGUAAUAUGUACCAUUA